GGAAAUUUUAAUUCUGUGAGAGGAUUUGAAGUGGUAGACCAAAUUAAGGCUGAAGUAGACAGAGUUUGUGGGCGCCCAGUGGUUUCUUGCGCAGAUAUCUUGGCCGUUGCAGCUCGAGAUUCUGUAGUUGCGCUAGGAGGGCCGUCAUGGAAGGUUCGUUUGGGUAGGAGAGAUUCAACCACAGCUAGCAGGACUCUAGCAGACACUGUACUUCCAUCAUCCAUGGACCUCCCUGCAUUGAUCGACAACUUCAAGAAUCAGGGCCUGAACCAAAGAGAUCUAGUAGCUCUCUCUGGGGGCCACACCAUUGGGCUGUCACAAUGUUUUCUCUUUAGGAACAGAAUUUACAAUGCCACAAAUAUUGACCCUGCCUUUGCUAAAGAGCGAAGAGCAACUUGCCCACGUGUCGGAGGCAAUACUAACCUCGCUCCUUUGGACCCAACGCCUGCGCGCUUUGACACCGCAUACUUCAAAAACCUGGUGGAGAAGAGGGGACUACUCACCUCAGAUCAGGCACUUUUCAACGGUGGCUCAACUGAUAAACUUGUUAAGACUUACAGCUUGAAUCCUGAUGCUUUCUGGGAUGAUUUUGCUAAGUCUAUGAUUAAGAUGGGGAACAUUAAGCCUUUAACCGGAAAGCAAGGACAAAUUCGUGUCAACUGCAGGAAGGUAAACUGAUGAAGCUGUUGUGCUCUGUUGCUCUCCAACUCCAGUUUGUCAUCUUUUUUUUUUUUUUGUAUUUGUUGUUGAAUAAGAGGUCUUAACUCUUCUAUGGACCUUAAGUAAAUUGUUUGGUACGUUGUAUUCAGUUCACAAUUGUUAAGUUCAAGUGUUUAAAAAA